GGAGCCAAGCGUCAUCGCAAGAUUCUUCGUGACAACAUCCAGGGUAUCACGAAGCCUGCGAUCCGUCGUCUUGCUCGUCGUGGUGGUGUGAAGCGUAUCUCUGCUAUGAUCUACGAGGAGACGCGGGGUGUUCUCAAGACCUUCUUGGAAGGUGUUAUUCGCGAUGCAGUCACAUACACAGAGCACGCCAAGCGCAAGACCGUCACUUCUCUCGAUGUUGUUUAUGCUCUGAAGAGACAGGGCCGUACUCUGUACGGUUUCGGUGGUUAA